AUUGCAAAAUCAUUGAAGUCAUGAAUAAAGGGAGUACCAAUAAGGAUAUUGAUAUUCCUCUACUACAUACCGAAGAGUCUAUAUUGGGUAAACCAUGGUUAUUGGUAUAUAAGAAAAAUGUUGAAUUUGAAGGUCAACAUUUUGAGACUGCUAUGUCAAAUCUUAUCAAACAACCCAAUAUUAAUUCAACAGUUAUAAUGAGAGCAGAUAUAUUAAAGGAAAAUAUAUAUGAUCCAGAAAAGGGUGAUACUAUGUUUGUAAGUAAAUUAAUUAAUCAAAUUCCGGAAUUCCCAUCAUCUGAUGAAUCAACAAUUCUUAAACGAGAUUUAACUGAUGUAGAAUUAAGAUCAAUUCCAUUAGAUAAUAGUAAAAUUCAAUUACAACCAAAAUUUGAAAUUAUACGAAGAAUAAUACCUCGUAAUCCAUUUAAAGAUUAUAUUAUAAAUCAAACAUGUUUAGUAUUAACUGAUGAUAAUACUACUAAUAGUAGUAGUAAUAAUAAUAAUGAUACUAUAUUAGUUGUAUAUAUUCCUCAUAUAUCAUCAAAGGAUGAAAUACCCUUUUAUUUACCAGAAGUUUAUGGAGUAGGCAUCUUAUAUCAUAAGAAAUCAUUAUCAAUUCAUUAUUUACCAUUUGGAUAUAAACAAUCAGAUAUUGAAUAUAAUUUAGUAAAAAAUUGGGAUCCAACCAAUAGAUCAAUAAGAAUCGCAUUAAGAUUAUUAGAAACUUCAGCUAAACAUUCUAAUGGAGUUAUGGCAGGUUACGAAAAAAGAGUUAAUCAUGAUAUGGUUGUACCUAAAAUUGCAUUUCAAAAUAGAUAUAUUAGUCUUAAGAAAAAAUAUUCAUCAAAUUUAGUUAAUCUGUGGAUUGAAAGUACUGAUCCAAAGAAGCAUGUAUUUGAAGAUUUAGCAAUAGCUGCAUUUUUAAUAGAAUUUUGGGCUUCACUAUAUAAAAGUAAAGAAGAUUUUGAAUUUAGAGAUCUUGGUUGUGGUAAUGGAUUACUUGUAUACAUAUUAAAUAAUGAAGGUUAUAAAGGUAUUGGUAUAGAUGCUAGAGCGAGAAAAUCUUGGACAACUUAUCCUGAAGAAGUUCAGAAAAAUUUAAAAGAACAAGUAAUUAUUCCUAGUAUAUUAUUAAAGCCUCAUCCUGCUGUGGCUAAAAUGGCCCCACAUAUUAAAGACAAUGGUAGAUAUUUUCAAAUACCUGAUUCACCAAGUUAUUAUUCAUCAGCUAAUUUACUUGCAUCAGAAAAAGUAUGUACAUUAGAUGAUUUUCCUAAAAAUACCUUUAUAAUUGGAAAUCAUUCUGAUGAAUUAACUUGUUGGAUUCCACUUUUAGGAUUUCCAUAUAUGGUUAUACCAUGUUGUUCACAUUCAGUUUCAGGAGCUAAAGUUAGAUAUAAUCCAAGAAAAUCUGCUACUCAAAAUUCUACAUAUUCAUCAUUAGUAGAUCAUGUAGAAGAUUUAUCAAUAACAAUGGGUUGGGAUGCAAAGAAAGAAAUGUUAAGAAUUCCAAGUACAAGAAAUGCUGCUAUAAUUGGUAGUAAAAGAAAUAUUAAUGAAUCUUUAGAAAGUUAUCAAACAAGAAUUUUAGAUAUUUUAGCUUUAGAAGGUGGAACUGAAGGUUGGGUAGAAAAUUCUAUUGCAUUAAUGAAAAGACCUCCUAGAAAUCAUUAAUCUUUAGUUAAUAAUAUAAUAAAUGAUUGCAAAAAUUUAAUUUUUGGAUUUCUUUUUUUGUCACAAUAAAUUAAAAUUAAUCCUAAUCGGGAAAGAGUCCUGCACACAAUCCACAGGAGAAAACUUCCACCAAAAGUUGGCAUUAUCAAAAGAAGGUGUGAGUAACUUAACUAUUAACACAUUAAAUUUAAGG